UUAAAAUACAGAGUCAGAAAUAUACAAAGAUUCGUGUUUUCCUCUGGCGGGGUCUUCCUCCAGUCUAUCUUCUCCUGCAUCUUCUCUAGUGUGUGUUCGCGUCAAAGUUCUGUGAAAUUUCAAUUGAUGUAGCAGCAUGCUUGUUGAGAUGGUUUUACUGGAUUAAGGAGAGGAUAACUUCUUGAGAAUGUGCCACUAGUUGCAGAGAGUUUUUCAUGGGACAAAGAACUUGGCUCGUCUUAAUAAGAUGUUAAUGGAGGAGCAAAAAUCUUGUAUCAAGACACCCUACACAAAGCAAUUGAUUGUCAAGCACAGUUAACUAUUACAAGGAAAGAUUGCAAGUGGUACAUUUCUGCAUUCAAUGAUAUUCAUUCCUGUGAUUUAAGCCCAAGAAAAUCGAGGUUAUUUAGGAGCAAUUAGAAGAUCAAUCUCCAAGCCAAAAGAGCUCUUGAUUUGAACGACGAGGCAGGAGUGAGGAUAAUAAGAGUUUUAGGUCGUUGGUUUGUGCAUGAAAAUAUGGAAUCUAUAGAACAAGAUGUUCGAAGUUACUUAUCUAAACAAAGAAGGGUGUUAUCAAAGGAUGGUGAUGGCAAAGCAUUAUUAGCACACUUUUCAAGAAUGUGGGAAUUGAAUAGAAACUUCUACGAAAUAGACAUAGAUUAUCAAAACCAUGUAAGGAAUGUGUUUUGGGCAGAUGCCCGUAGCAGGGCUGCUUGUGAAUAUUUUGGGGAUGCCAUCUUCUUUGACACUACCUACUUGACAAAUAAAUAUGACAUGCCCUUUGUCCCAUUUGUUGGUGUCAACCACCAUGGACAAGCUAUUUUGUUGGGUUGUGGUUUGUUAUCUUCAGAAGACACAAACUCAUUUGUGUGGUUAUUUGAAACUUUUCUUCGAUGUAUGUCUAACAAAGCACCACAAGGCAUUGUCACAGACCAAUCUAAGGCAAUGAGUAAUGCCAUUGAAAUUGUGUUUCCUAACACUCGACACAGGUAGGUGGUGUAUGGCAUAUUAUGAAAAAAAUACUAGAGAAGUUACAAGGAUAUGCAGCAUACAAAGAUAUCAAACGAGACCUUAAGGAAGUGGUUUAUGAAUCACAGUCUAUUGAUGAAUUUGUGUUGGAAUGGGAAAAAUUUAUUUGUAAGUUUGGCUUGGGAGACAAUGACUGGCUUCAUUCCCUUUACGAGGACCGACAUCGAUGGGUUCCUUGUUUCGUAAAAAGAUAUUUUUGGGCAGGCAUGUCAACAACUCAAAGAAGUGAAGGAAUGAAUUCCUUCUUUGACGGAUAUAUAAAUUCUCAAACAACUCUGCAAGAAUUUGUCAAUCUGUAUGGCAAUGCACUACAACAGAAGGCAAAGAAAGAGUAUGAAGCAGAUUUUACAUCGUUGAACACAAUAAUUCCAUGUGAGUCGCAGUCACUGAUUGAACGACAAUUUCAGAAUAAGUACACGCAUGAAAAGUUUGUUGAACUUCAAGCAGAGUUUAUUGGAAAAAUGAACUUCACGCGUGAUGUGGUUGUUGAUGGUAAUUCAUGCAUUUACAACAUUAAGGAGGAGUUCAUUCGUGAUGGAAUAAGCCAGAAAAGGGUCUUCAUUGUCUGCUUUGAGCGUGACAGUGUUGAAGUCAGCUGCAAUUGCUUCUUGUUUGAAUUUAGGGGUAUUUUAUGUAAACAUUGUCUUUUAGUGCUUGCACAUGAGAGAGUUAAAGAAGUUCCUACGAAGUAUGUUUUGCAAAGGUGGUGUAAAAAUGUACGGAGGAAACAUAAUUAUAUUACAACAGCGUACAACAGAAAAGAUAAGGAACCUCAUAUUGAACGGUAUGAUAAUUUAUGCAAGACUUUUGCUGAUAUUGCUGAGAUAGCAUGUGAGUCACCGAAAAUGACAAAAUUAUUAUUUCACCACAUCGAAUCAUUUGCUACCAAUCAUGCCAUACCCCUUCCAAUGAACUCAGCCGUAACCACCAACCACUUGGACUCAACAGAACAUGCUCUUGACCAAACAGUCCAGUCCCCUCAUGCAGACAUUGACAUAGUCCAGAGUCAAAUCCAUAGCCUAAGAUGUGUUAAGCGAAAGGGACGUCCCUGUUCAACCAGGAAGCAAAUGAGGUUUGAGAAGGGUGGAAGAACUAAACGGUCUUCCAAUCCAAAGCUAGGAACAUCUAUUCGGAACUUAGGCUUGAUGCAGGACACUACUAUAAUCCCACCACGUCCACGGUUCCACAUCAACUGUAAUGCGGACAUAAACAUUCCCAUAAGAGACCUUCCUUCAUCAGAACCGAGACAGGAUAGCCUUCUCGUGGGAACACCAAUGAAGUAGGCGCAACUGUCAAAAACGCCAGGACUUAUAAUGGGAGCCUCAUUAGAUCAAUGGUCACAUUCAUUCUUGCACUCUAUGAUGAUGAAGUCAUCUAUAUAUUAUUGCAAUCAAAGUGUCCAAAUUUUGAAAUACAUUAAUUUUGUAAAUUAUGAGGCUCAUUAUGAUUUGGAGGAGGGUUAUACUAAGUUAUUAAAUAGUGUGUUUAUUUGACAAUGGUUUAUUAGUCGGUGUCAAUUACAAUAUACCCAAUGGGACCUAAUUCAAUCAUUAGUUAGCACGA